AUGGCAGGCCAGGAGAAGAAGAAGUCGAAGAAGGCUGGCUCAGCUAAACGCGAAGCUGGCUCUGUGAUCACCGAUCCUCGUUUCGCUAAUAUUCAGAGUGAUCCCCGUUAUCGCCUCCCGAGCAAGCGCCAGACCCAUGUCAAACUCGACCAGCGCUUCACGCGCAUGCUUGAUGACAAGGACUUCUCCCGCAAUGCUGCCGUCGACCGAUAUGGACGCAAGUUGGCAAAAGAUGAUACCAAGAAGCAGCUGAAGAAGUUCUACCGUCUGGAUGAGGAUGAGGACGAGGACGAGGACGAGCACGACAAAGAAGUGGAAGUCCUGAGCGCCGAUGACGACGAAGAAGUACAAAAGGAGCUCAAGCGUGUGGAAGCCCGCGCAUACGAUCCUGCACGAGAUGGCGGUUUCACCGACUCAUCAUCCGAAGAGGAGAGUUCCAGCGACGAAGAAGACGAGGAUGAAGCCGGGAAUGAGGAUGAUGAGAUCGAAUUCCCCGAUAAGCAGCAGUCCAAUGUGCCACUCGGAGAGGUCACAAACCGCAUAGCAGUCGUCAACUUGGACUGGGAUAACAUUCGCGCCACGGACUUGAUGGCUGUAUUCUCCAGUUUCCUGCCUGCGGGAAGUCGUGUCCAGAAUGUCGCAGUUUAUCCUAGUGAAUUUGGCAAGGAGCGCAUGGAAAAAGAGGAGAUCGAGGGUCCCCCGAGAGAGAUCUUCGCUUCCACUAAGGAUGAUGCUGAGAGCGAAGGUGAGGAGCUCGACUCUGACGAAGAAGAGGAGGAGAUCAAAAAGUCUUUGCUCAAGGCCGACGAUGGCGAGGAGUUCAACUCUACAAAAUUGCGGCAGUACCAGCUGGAGCGGCUGCGCUACUUCUACGCUAUCCUUACAUUUUCGUCCAAGGACUCUGCUAAGCACGUCUACGACCUCGUUGAUGGAGCAGAAUACCUCUCCAGCGCCAACUUUUUCGACCUUCGUUUCGUUCCUGAUGAUACCGAUUUCUCCGAUGAUAAGCCUCGCGAUGAGUGCUCCCGGAUUCCUGAUGGUUACAAGCCAAACGAAUUUGUGACAGACGCCCUGCAGCACAGCAAGGUCAAGUUGACCUGGGAUGCGGACGACAAGUCACGCAAAGAGGCUCAAGCUCGAGCCUUCCGCGGUUCGCGAAAAGAAAUUGACGAAAACGACCUAAAAGCCUACCUAGGCAGCGAUAACUCCGAUAGUGAGGAUGACGAAGAUGGGGGUGUCGAAAUCGUCGAUAACACUGCAAACGAAGGCACAAGCACCAAGCUUUCCAAGAAAGAAGCCGAGAGACAACGCAUGCGUGCUUUGCUGGGACUGAGUUCUGAGCCCGCUUCCUCUUCCAAACCGGACCGCCCUGUCGGUGAGAUGGAGGUUACUUUCACAUCUGGUCUCGCUGGCGGCCAUGGCAAAGAUAGCAUCUUUGAGAACGAGCCGCAAAUUGAAGAGACCGCCGUCGAGCGGUAUGUGCGAAAAGAGCGUGAGCGCAAGAAGCGACGAAAGGAAAAACGUCAAGCUGAGAAACGGGGCGAGGAACCACUUGCAACCAAGGAGGGAGAACAUGCGUCCGAUGAGGACAACGAACCUGCUCCGGUCGAGGAGGUGGAAGAAGACUUGGGCUUCAAUGACCCAUUCUUUGAUGACCCGACCGGUAAGGCCACCUCCGCGGCCCGCCGCAAGGAGGAGAAGCGCAAGAAGCGUGAAGAACGCGCUGCGGAGGAAGCUGCCUCGGCUGCUCAACGGGCUGAGCUUGAGCUGUUGAUGGUGGAUGAUGAGAAGGCGGAGAUCCAACACUUUGAUAUGAAUGAGAUUGAGAAGGCAGAGAAGCAAGCCCGACGGAAGAAGGGUAAGGGUAAGGGUAAGGACAAGAACAAGGAGGCUGCCGUUCCGGACGAGUUCAAUGUCGAUGUCCGCGAUCCCCGGUUCUCCCGCCUGUACGAGAGCCACGAGUUUGCCAUUGACCCGACCAAUCCCCGGUUCAAGGCGACAUCCGGCAUGAAGGCCUUGCUGGACGAGGGUCGAAAGCGCCGGCGCACCCGAGAUGACGGUGAGCCCGAGGCACCUACAGAGAGCCGGGAUCGUUCGAAGAAGCAGAAGAAUGCUUCUACGGGGUCCGGAGUUGAGGAUCUGAAGCGACUGGCAGAUAAAGUCAAACGACAGUCCAAAGCAUGA